UGCCUGAGCUCCUGGCCAGGCUGCUGGAAUUCUAAGUCCCAUCUGUGCAAGGCUGGGAAGGUAGGUUUGCUGUGUGACCUAUGUAAGUGUAGGUUCCCUCCUUUGUGAGAUGGAAUGACAAUUGUAGCCACUUCCUGGGACUUCUGGGCACAACACUAGGAUCACAUCUGCACGUUGGGAUCAAUGAUGCAUGCCCCUUGCCAGCGCCCAAGGCCCUGUGUCUAUAAUUCAGAAAACUGCUUUCCCAGGAGACUCUGCUUUUUGCAUAUUAUUGGGUAAUCAGGAUCUUCCAGAAAGCCCUCUCAGAUCUUUCAAAAAGAAGUAAAUAAAGGAACUCAAAUCUUCUGAUAUAUUUUGUCAGCUCUUUCCUCUCUGCACCCACAGCACAGAGCUCCACAGAGGAAAUCUGCAGAUUCCCUUCUGUGACUCUGCCCUGGCAUGAGAACUCCCAGUGCCAUUAGAUGGUACUUACAUUGCCAGGGGUGUGUGGGGCAGAGUCCCGUCCAGGGCUUCCAGGCUUUCCCCGGAGAAUGAGAACCAGGGUACACCAGUCACGCCUGUCCCGGAGAAACAUACGGCAGGAUGAUCUUUGAGCUGGACAGCAUUUUAAUCAGUGCAUUAGAGAAGGAGGAAAAAGAAUAAAGGCAACAACAACAACAACACAAAAAGCAUGUGGGCGGAUGCACUUGGGGCAGGAGCAGCGCUCUCAGGAGCAGCAGUCGCUGCUUGCAGGUGAGGUUCCCAAGGCUGGCCCCGCGCCAGCCUGCGGGAGCAGGUGCUGCUCUACAGCGCUGGACCACUAGGUGGUACCGAAAAGUCAGAGACUCCUGGGCUCUGCCCGGGUGAGAACAGGUUGUGGAGAGGAGGGACGCUCAGGUCCGAGGGGCGGCGACAAGGGCGGGCCGGCUGCAUAAACGCCACUAGCGCUCCGCUGGAGGAAGACGCGUCCCAGUGAUGGCCCUGAGCUCGCAGAGGCGGUCCCCGCGCGUGGACGCCGGGUGCCCAGGCUGAGCGCGGAGCAAGAUCGGAGCCCAGGGAGAGCGCCGUACAUUUACUGGCAAGAAGAGGUGGUGUUUUUCCCCAGCCAUGAAUUCCUCAUUUCACCUGCAUUUCUUGGACCUCGGCCUGAACACCACUGAGGGCAACAUUUCAGGACUCAAUGUCAAGAACAAGUCGUCUCCCUGCGAGGACAUGGGCAUUGCAGUGGAGGUGUUCCUGACCCUGGGUCUCAUCAGCCUCUUGGAGAACAUCUUGGUCAUUGGCGCCAUCGUGAAGAACAAGAACUUGCACUCGCCCAUGUACUUCUUCGUGUGCAGCUUAGCAGUGGCCGACAUGCUGGUGAGCAUGUCCAACGCCUGGGAGACCAUCACCAUCUACCUGAUAAAUAACAAGCACCUGGUGAUGGCAGACGCCUUUGUGCGCCACAUUGACAAUGUGUUUGACUCCAUGAUCUGUAUUUCCGUGGUGGCCUCCAUGUGCAGUUUGCUGGCCAUCGCGGUGGACAGGUACGUCACCAUCUUCUACGCGCUGCGCUACCACCACAUCAUGACGGCCAAGCGCUCGGGGGCCAUCAUCGCGUGCAUCUGGACCUGCUGCACGGGCUGCGGCAUCGUCUUCAUCCUUUACUACGAAUCCACGUACGUCAUCGUGUGCCUCAUCUCCAUGUUCUUCACCAUGCUCUUCCUCAUGGUGUCCCUCUACAUACACAUGUUCCUCCUGGCGCGGACCCACGUCAAGCGGAUCGCCGCCGCGCCCGGGUACAGCUCUGUGCGGCCGAGGACCAGCAUGAAGGGCGCCGUCACGCUCACCAUGCUGCUGGGGGUUUUCAUCGUGUGCUGGGCCCCCUUCUUCCUCCAUCUCAUCUUAAUGAUAUCGUGCCCGCAGAACGUCUAUUGCUCCUGCUUCAUGUCCCACUUCAACAUGUACCUGAUCCUCAUCAUGUGCAACUCCGUGAUCGACCCUCUGAUCUAUGCCUUCCGCAGCCAAGAAAUGCGGAAGACCUUUAAAGAGAUCAUUUGUUGCCAUGGCUUCAGAGUGAGCUGUAGGCUCCCUAGCAGGUAUUAAUCCCAACGCCACCCUCUCUCUGGCUCUCAAUUCUCCUCUGGCAGAGCCGGUGAGGUCCAGCCAAGGAGCAGGGAGGAUCACUAGGAAUCGGAACUGAGAUCCCCUUAUCUCUUCUCCAGUUCAGAUGUGUCCGCCUUUUCUCCUGUGGUCACUGUCAGGUCAAACGUGUGCAUGUUGCUUCUCUGUUUUGGAAAUGGCCUGUGACAAUUUCUCACUGUCCCUUUUCAUCCUGCUGUUUCUCAAGUCCAAUCUCCCUCUGUGUGGACUUAGGGAAUGCACAACAUACAGAGUGGUGUAAGUCUAAGCCUGCAGAACAGGCUGCUAUUGGAAGAAAAAGCAUGAAUAUCUAGGGGCUGGGGCUGAGGCUCAGCGGUAGAGCACUUGCCCUGCAUGCGUGAGGCCCUGGGUUCAAGAUCCUCAGCACCACAUAAAAAAAUAAAUAAAAGUAAAAAUAUUGUGUUCAUCUGCAACUAAAAAAAAGUUUAAAAAUGUAUGAAUAUCUAGGUUAAAUAUGAUUGCUUUUUUUUUUCUUUUGCCCCAGAAGCAGGUUCAUCGUUUGCUCAGUUCACUGAAGAGUAACGUAUGCUUUCCAGGAAAGAAUAGAAGGUCGAAUUCUUUCCAUUUGAAAUGUCCUGUUCACUUGUAUGGUUGUCUCUACAGCUCUCCUUUCCUGAACUUCUGGCUUCGUGGCUUGUAUUUAUAAUUGUCUGAAGAUGGAAUUUCCUUAACUAUGCUUCUGUCAGUCAUGGUUUUGCACUUACCCACACAUAAAACUGGAUGUUGCAAACCUU